AUGCGCGAGAGGGAGAGGGAAAUGGAGCUCCCCGGUGGCGAAGAAGAAUGUCUCGGAUGGCGGGUCCCGGUGACCCCGGCUCAGAGUGCGGCCAAGCGUCCCCGGAGUUUCCCUCCCUUGGCCAAGUUUUGGGCACCCCCGGAAGAUUCGAGACUCUCCCGGGCAAGAGCACGUGGCCCCGAAGGGGCGGGCAGAGCCCUGCGCUGGGCCUAUAAAGAGGGCGGCGGGGACAGCGGCGGGGCUACAGCUGCGUGCCUAGCCGCCAGCGUUCGGGGACUCCGCUUGGCUGGGCUCCGGCUGCUCUCCACGGUGUGUCGGCACCCGGGCUACCAGGCAGCCAAGCAGACAGACGCUGCGCCGGCUCGCUUCCCCCGGCGGGAUCUCGGAGCCCUCGAGUCGGACCGCCCCGCAUCGCUCAGCGCCGGGCUCCCUCCCUCUACCUUCCUCCUGCGCUCCGACGGGGCAGACCCGUCUGUGGGCAGUGUGCGCCUCCGCCUCCUCGCCAGCCCCGACAUGGCGGCCCUGGCCCCGGCCUUGGCCGAGGGGGCGGCUCGAUUCUUGCUGGCGCUGACUGCCGCUCUCUGCUGCCCGCCGUGCGCUCCGGCCGCCACGCUCAACUCUGCGCCCGUCAACUCGAACGCCAUCAAGAACGGGCAUACGGGGCCCGGCGGCGGCGGGGGCGGCGGAGGCGGCGGCGGGGGCGGCAUGGGGCUAGUGCCCUUCUGGGCGGUCAGCGUGGCGCCCGGGGACGGCGGCCUGUUCGAGCGGCCCAACGGCUACAUACACGCUGACAACAAACACCAGCAACAUUUUCUGUGUGUGGACGACAAAGAUUGCGGGCUGGAGGAGUAUUGCGACGCUGGCUCCCGGGGCGGCGGCGGCGGCAGCAUAGGGGUCCAGAUCUGUCUCCCUUGUCGGAAGCGCCGCAGGCGCUGCCAGCGUACCGUCAUGUGCUGUCCGGGAAACUACUGCAGCAACGGGCUAUGUGUGCCUUUGGAUCAGAACCACCUGCACGCAGUGGACAUGGACGAGAUGACGGCCGAGCCGGGGAAUAGCGACCGCGCUCUCUUGGAGGACCAGCCCAGGAGAACCACUCCGUCUGCCAAGUCCAAAGGUCAGGAAGGUGCCGUCUGCCUCCGCUCCUCCGACUGUGCCGAGGGCCUCUGCUGUGCCCGCCACUUCUGGUCCAAGAUCUGCAAGCCGGUCCUCAAAGAGGGUCAGGUGUGCACCAGGCACAGAAGGAAAGGCUCGCACGGACUGGAGAUUUUCCAGCGCUGCUUCUGUGCCGACGGCCUCUCCUGUCGAGUCCAGAAAGAUCACUUGGCCAAUAACGCGGCCUCUCGGCUUCACACCUGCCAGAAACACUGA